GUACUUGGCGUGGUGCCGCUGCAAUCGUCAAACGGCAACUGCCUUUUCCACGCUUUGGCCAUCGACGAGGUUGGCAGCGGCGAAGCUUUGAGACAAGAGGUUGCCAAUUUCUUGGAUGCCUGCGCUGCGUGUAGGCCGGGGAACGUGGCAGCACAAGAGUGGCUCGAAGAAGCCAGCCGUUUGCGGGGGCCACUGGGCAAGUACUCGGGUGGGCCCGUGGCCUUAAUCGGCUACUCUGCUAUGAGGGGCUGCAAAGUUUUCGUGCACACCCGCCAAGUCAAUGGAACGUGCAGCAUCCAAGAUGCAACCCAUGGGAGUGUCAGCAGAAACGCGCCAAUCCGGCACAUCCUCUACGAUGGGGUGGCCCACUAUGACGCCCUGGUCGAUGUCAUCGUGGCUGGAGACCUGUCUCAGUUGCAGCCUGCUUGGGCUCAGCCCCAUUUGCGGAUUCAAGCUGCUGCGCCUGGAGAAACGCGCGCAGAGCCAAGUCAACAAGCGUCGACAGGCAGCAACAGGCCCAGCGGCCAGUUGCAGCUUUGGGCAGCCUUUUGCACCUGGGCUUCUUCAGCCCAGCAGCGGCAAGGCAACAUACCUGGAUAUGUUCUGCGCCUCUUGGGCAUCUACGUUUGGCAUCACUUGUUGCAGCAAUGCCCCGAGCACUUCCUGGCUGAGCUGCAAACCAUCUUGCGGCGCGCUUUGCCAGAGCAGCUUACGCUGCCAGAUUGGGUGUGGGAUUUGAUCCAAAGAAGCGCAGAAGAUUUGGAAUACUUGCGGGGCAUGCUCCGCGGCACCUACGGGGCUGCAAGGUACAAUUUGCUUUGGUUAGAUUGCGACGCCUGCGUGCUGGAUUGCCAACAGGCGCCUGGAAAUAUGAACUUUGGGCACGCAAUCAUUUUCAAGCGUUCAGGAGCAUCUCAAAUGGUUCUAUCUUGCUCCCUUGCAAUUGAAGGCGCCCGGCUGAAGAUUCAAUUCUUUACUUUGAGCGGCGAGGGCUUGCGUCCAGUACACAUCGAUGCCAACGCGGAUAUCAAAAUGGCCGCGUUGCUUGACUGGGGGCGCCAAGUCGCCGAGCAACAUGGCCUCCUUUCAUCAAUCACCUCCCCAGUUCAAGUGAUUCUGGAAGGUUUUCAGCGCCCGCUGGAUGGAGACACGCUCCUGUGGAGCCGUGCAGAUUGGGGGCAAGGGCCCGCGACAGCGGACCUGCGGCUGCAGGGAGCGCUACAGGAACUCCAACAAGGCAGUGCCCCAGCGUCCAUGUAG